ACCUAUCAGACUUUGACUUUCAGUUUUCAAAUGUGGCCACAAGAGGUCGCUGCACACCCAGAAGAUGUAUUGAUCACUAGCAGAUCAGAUAUGUUGAUUUACAGGACUCCACUGGUGCAUUUCAGAGCAGGAAGCUCCGUCUGUCUACGUGCCUUUCACCUCGUACCACCUCUCCUCCAGCCUACAUCAGCCGGACACACAGGAUGCUGCACUAAGAGACGUCAAGGACUUCUGAGCAACAACAGGUAUUUGAGAAAUUUGGAAAAAUGGUUGGAUUCUUCCAAAUGUUGAGGAAGAAAAAGGAGCUGAUCCCUCUGAUAGGGUUCACGGCUCUUGCUGCAACAGGAGCCACGUCUGCUGCUCUCUACUUUCUAUUUACUAAACCUGAUGUUAUUUUGAAUAAGACCAGAAACCCAGAACCCUGGGAGCGACUGGACCCAUCAAAACCCCAAAAGCUCAUCACAAUCAAUCAGCAGUGGAAGCCAGUGGAGGAGCUGGAGUAUGUGAAGAGCCUCACCAAGGAAAAGAAGGCAUGACCAUGCUAGAAAGAUCCAAAGUCUGACCACCCGCCUGCUCCCCCCCACCCCCCCAUCAGUCUAACAGAAUCCUUUCUGCACAAACUUUGCUUUGACACUCAGUGUGCGGAAAUGCUUCUGCUACACUGGUGGGGCUUCACCCUGCUCUGUAGUGGCCCAGCACGAGGACAUCGAUCCACCACAGUAGAAAACUAUGGUAACAGAUACUUCAUGCACUUACUGUGUGGCUUCAGCUAAAGGCUGCAUUAACAUUGAUCAAGCUGUGGUGUUACAUUGCUCUAACAGUAGAUGUGAAUGUACGGUAGGGUCUAAAUGUGAAAGACACAAAGUAAACUCCGUAAUAUAAUAAUGUUCUCAUAAGUAAUGUACUGUACAGUUUCAAUAAAUUAUUAGUGUGAACAUGUUCA